UUGGCCAUGUUAUUUUAUAAUGAAACCCGUCAACUUUGGUCCAAGACUGCGGCUAGAGUUGCCAACGACCCACUAUGUACCCAACAAAAUACAUCAAAAAGGUACUUAAUUUAUGGUCAGAUACACAGAGAUAAAGUUUCCAUACAAAUCACCAAAAUUCAUAUCAAGCUGGUUAAGAGAGUCACAUACACCACACAAGCAAAAACAAUGGAAGAAGAAAUUAAAAACUUGAUCAAGGUAUGUCUCAUGGUGUUAGCAUCUCUCUUGUACUCCUAUUUCAUACCCAAUAAGCUCAUAUCCAAAGGCAAGCUCAGGCUCCUCUCUCUCCUCCCAAUCUAUUACAUCUUCACAAUUCUCCCUCUCUAUCUCUCCACUGCAGUUCCCACAGCCCUAACUGCCGUAUUCAUUACAUGGUUAGGCAGCUUCAAGCUCCUCCUCUUUGCAUUUGAUCAAGGCCCACUAAUUCCAUCCAAUCAUGACCCACCAUUGUCACUCACUCAAUUCAUAUCAAUUGCUUGUCUCCCUGUCAAAAUCAAGCAAAAUCAGAAACACCCAUCUCAUCAAACCCACAAAUCACCCCCUAAAUUGCCUCUAAAUUGGCCUACCAAAGUUGUUCUAUUUGGUCUUUUGAUUGGUGUUCAUGGGAAUGUUAUUCAGCAUUUGCACCCUAAAAUGGUGUUGAUUGUGCAUUGUGUAAUGUUGUAUUUGUUUGUGGACAUUAUUUUUGGUGGAGGCAUUGGUUUGGUGGGUUUGGUAUUGGGGAUGGAGCUAGAACCACCGUCCGAUGAGCCAUAUCUUUCCACAUCACUACAAGAUUUCUGGGGUAGGAGGUGGAACCUCAUGGUAACAAAUCUCCUGCGCCACACCAUAUACAACCCCGUGAGGGUGUUUUUGGAAUUUCAAGUUGGUCAACAAUGGGCUACUCCAGUGGCGGUUCUGGCGGCUUUUUUAGUCUCCGGUCUUAUGCACGAGCUCUUGUUCUAUUAUGUCAUACGUGCCACUCCCACGUGGGAGAUGACAUGGUAUUUUGUAUUACAUGGGGCGUGUUUGGUUGUUGAAAAUGUGAUGAGGAAGUUGGUGGUGGGCCGGUGGCAUUUGCAUCGGGCCGUGUCGUGCCUACUUACGGUAGGCUUUGUGGUGGCGACGACGGAGUGGCUGUUCUUUCCUCCGCUUGUGAGGAGUGGUGCUGAUUUGAGAGCUGUUGAGGAGUUUGAGAUGUUGAUCAAUUUUGUUAAGGAGAGAUGUCAAAGUCUUUAUGGGAACUAAUUAGGGUUCUUACUUGAGUUAUUAAUUAUUGUGAUACAAGUCAAGCAGAGGGGUAAAUGGGUAAUGUGGGUCCGCCCGCCCCGCCUGGGCACGACCCACAUGGUAGCCCAUUGUCUUGGUGGGUCGGGCCGUUGGUACAAUUAUAUUUGUAAUAGUUAAUGUGCAACAACAUAGAAAAAUAAUACAAUACAUAUUUUAAUAUGUGA